UGCUGUAUGGCGGUGGUAGAGGAUGUGGUGAUUGUGAUGGUGUGUGUGUGUGUGUGUGUGUGUGUAGACCGGACGGAAAUGACCUUCCGCUGAGCCAGAGAAGACGAGGAAGUGAACGAAGAUAAUAUAAAGACAGUGAUUCGCUUUAUAAAGUGAGAACAGAAAAUCAUACGAUGUGGAAAAAUAUAUUAGUCACGAAAUAAACCAAGGAGAAUAAAGAGAAAAAAAAGUUGUGGAAGAGAAUAAAGAAAAAAAAGAGAAAUUAAACGAGAAAUGGAUAGAAGUGACAAGUGAAAAAGUGAAGAGAGAGAGAGAGAGAGAGAGAGAAUAAAACGGGAAUGCAACACAAGAUGAAUAGGAAGCACGCACCACCGACUCGACGAUAAAAGCAAGCAACCACAUCGUCACCGCUGCGUCACUCACCCCUUCCCGUCAACGUAGGGAAUCCACAAAAUCCCGAGUCUCGUCUCAACUCUGCGUCACUCACCUCCUUUCUGUUGACGUACACGUAGCAAAUCCUCAAGAUCCCAAGACAACGGCACAAGCAAGCAGUCUCAGUGUCUUCAACCUACGUCAGUCACUUUCCUCCCGUCACCGUAGCAGAUUUACAAAAUCCACAACAAACAACAUACGCAAGCAACCUCAGUGUUUCAAACCUCCUGCCAACGUAAUCUAAACAGAAGCCACCAAGAUGUUAGAAGGGGUAUUUGACUGGUCCCAGGGCAUGCGGGGGACCUUUACCUGGCCUGACUACCUUGUCUUCGGGAGCAUGCUGGCUGCCUCCCUCGCUAUCGGGAUAUACUACGCCAUCAAGAGCAGAAAUAAGGCCAAUGAUGAGUUCCUGUUGGGUGGUCGAAGUCUGACAUGCUUUCCUGUUUCAAUCUCCCUCCUUGCGUCCUACAUUUCUGCUAUUCUUGUGCUGGGGGGCCCCGCUGAGGCAUACUACCACGGCAUUGAGUGGUGGGUGAUCUGUGCCGAUCAGGCGGCUCUUCCCGUCGCUGCCUUCAUCUUUAUGCCCUUUUUCUAUGAGCUGAAGCUGACCUCGGUGUAUGAGUACCUGGAGAUGCGGUACGGCACACGCUGGGUCCGGUGUGUUGCAGGCGGCAUGUUUGUUGUGCAGAUGCUGUUGUACCAAGCUGUCGUCAUCUACGCCCCUGCCCUCGCCCUCGCCUCCGUCACCGACUUCCCGCUCUGGGUCUCCGUCAUCACAGUGGGGGUCAUCGCUUCCGUCUACACUGCUAUCGGCGGCAUGAAGGCGGUGAUCUGGACGGACGUGCUGCAGCUGUUCGUGUUGCUCAUCGGCUUGGUGGCGGUGGUGAUCAAGGGACUCCUCGACUUCGGCAGCCUCGGCAAGGUGUGGGAGAUCGCUGUAGCCCAUGACCGAGCUGGCCCGCAGAUAUUCACGUACGGUUACAUUCCCUUCCAGAGACACACAGUGCCUAACAUCAUCAUCGGCUCGCUAGUGGGCAAGCUAUCUCAGUACGGCUGCACCCAGACCACGGUGCAGCGCUACGCCAGCAUGAAGAGUCUGUCCCACGCUUAUAUGUCCCUCAUGCUCGUCAUCCCCUUCUUCAUCACCCUCAUCUCCCUCACCAUGAUUGCAGGACUGGUGUUGUUUGCCACGUAUGAAGGUUGCGACCCCUUGGCGGCCGGACUCAUCAAGCAGAAGGACCAGAUUCUGCCAUUCUACGUCAUGGACAGACUCAGCUCCGUGCCUGGACUUCCCGGACUCUUUGUGGCCUGCACCUUUUCCGGCGCCCUCAGCACCAUCUCCUCGGGCGUCAACUCACAGGCGGCCGUCACGUGGGAGGAUGUGUUCUCCAGCAUCCCUGUUUGUGCCCGGAUGUCGCCCACCAACCAGGCCUUGGUCACCAAAUUCAUAGGUGCGUGAUAAUGUUCGGUAGACGCUUCCGCCUCUCACAUCAACUAUUUCCAAAGGUCGAAAAGAAGAUUAU